CGAGAGAAAGAGGGGGAGUCACGGAGCUAGCGCCGCCAGUUGUAAGCGACGCGACUGGAGAAAAAAGAGAAAAGCGAAAGAAAGCCAGAAAGAAUGCGGCAACAGAUAAAGUGAACACGCGCGUCCACUAUGGUUGGACGGACGGAGCGGCGUGAGGCUGCCCGCCGUGUUAUCCGAAGCAAUGUUGCUGUCGUCUGUGAAGAGAGCAACAGGAGACUGUGCGCCGUAAACAUCGGCAACGUCGAAGAUCAAUCAGCGUUGGUGCAACCUUCGAGAAGUGAUCCCAUGCCACCAAGAUAUCCUCUUGUACCUGUGCAAGACUUGAUGACGCGGCGGGGUGACUUCCCCCCUCCAAGCUUGUUGCCGCCGUCAAGCGAGCGCGCGGUUCUUCGGUCUCGGUUGCAGGGGAAGUGUGUCGACGCCACGUUCCGCUGUGCUUAGAUUGGUUCGAGGUAAGCGCGGGAAGCUAUUUGCGGAAGCGGGCUUUCGGGGGAGAGGGCCCCUCCGAGCGAGGGCUUGGAUGAUCUCCGGAGGAAAAACUGAGUACGUUGACAAGCGAGCGGACCCGAUAGAGCAGCGUGGUUUUUGCAUUGUGACGAGAAGACUACAUGUGUUGAACAGGAGGACAGACGAUCUCACUACCCAGUGGGGGCUGCGGUUUGGUUCGGCUUGUGCGAGUGAUCUAUCACUAAGUUGUGUGCGAAGCCAGCGGCAACCGCGAGGGAGUCAACGGUCCGGGAGGUCACCGACCUGGAGCGAACACGUCGAACGCAUCAUCGCAGCAAGUGGAAGGCAAACAAGACUGGAUAUUAUUGUACUUUGAAAGGAAACCCUUCGACGCGCGACGAAAACAAUUGCGAACUUCGUUUUGCGCGAAUUCCGUACGUGCACUGAGAUAUGGUUUUGUCCCAUACUCAAGCGGAUUGACGCUCAACAGUAGAUGAACCUUUGCUUCGUGCAAGCAGAGUGUCGUGACCAGCGCUACUUCAACAAGAGUACACGAAAAGCUGGGCAGUCUUCAACCACGAUUUUUGAAACAGGUGUGUCUCUUGCAAGUUAGAUGUGAAGCUAAAUGCAGGAAUGAAGCUGUGAUCUAAAUAAGGAGAAGACAACUUCAGAGAAACGCAAGUCGUUUCACUAGUUCUUUUCCAGGGGUGCAAACAUCUUUUAACAGUGAGGUCUCUGGAGGCAAACAUACCUUGCAUCACAUCCCACAGUGAAUAUAUCUACAGUUGGCUCGCAUGAUUGACUGUUGUGUCUAGCUCCAGCUGAGCGAAUACGAGGAACACCAACUCGAAGCGAUUAUUCUUCGACCCUUCACCCGCAAGCUAGACAGAUGCCACGAGAAUACAGACCAGUGACCAGGCGGGUCCCGACGACCGCCAGCAACCUCGAAUGACGCUGAGGAAGCUUCAGAAGUUGGACGGUGGCUGGAUACCGGGGAUGCGUGUCUACUCUCACCACCCAUUCCUGGCACUGGCCUUCGUGGCCGCCGCAGCGGUGCUUUUCAUCUACCCGUUCGUGCUCCGCUUCAACGUUUACAAGGACACCCUGGUGGCCUUAGCGGUGUCCGACGUCAUCCCCGUCCACGACCGCAUGUCCACCGUCUGGUGCACGGCCCAAGAGCUGGUGAUGAACCACACGUUCAACGCGCACGUCUUCCGUGAGGCCGAGUCCGCCGUAACGAGGCCACAGAAUCGGACGCUCCAUCUGAACCUGACCAUGGCGGUGCCCAAGCAGACGUACGAGUACUGGGGCUUCUACUUCAUCGAAGGCUCCAACUUCACGGUGUCCGUCUGCUCGAGACUUUCGGGGGCUGCCUUCUCGCUCAUCCGUGGUUCCAAGGCUCUCGGCAAGUGCCUUCAAGCGCUCGAGAACAAAAGGCUGGGUCUCGAAGGCUCGGACGAGGACGAGGACUCCGACGAGCGGAACCAGGGAUCCUCGGAGGAAUCGGACGACCAGUCGUCCACCAUCUCGAGCAGCGAGGGCCUGAUGGCCAACGAGACGCUGGGCAUCAGCGUCUGCAACAACGCCCUGUUCCACGUCCCACUGCGCUGGACGUACAGCUGCGGCACUGCCCACGACCGGGGCGACCACAGGCACAACGUCACCUACUCGGUCAAGGAGUCAGACUUCUACUACAUGUUCUUCGCCAGCAAUCCGCCGCUGUACGUCACGCCGAACACCAUCGUGGCGCACUUCUACUUGGACAGGGUUGUGUACGACGAGCGGAAGAGCUACAAGACCGACACGCUGAUCUGCCACAACGUGACCAAUUGUUCGCUGCCGCUGGACUUCAUGUCCGGACAGUACGUGGUGGUGGACAUGAGCUCCAACGCGACGAACCUCAGUUGGACCUCGGAUGUGCUGACGUCGCGGUGCUUGCCGCGAAAGAACGUCUACUUCGUGUUUUACUUCGUCUUUGGACUGUUCCUCAUGAUGGCCGCCUUCCAAGGUUGAGGACCACACUAAGUCAGGAUUGCAUAUACGUAUAAUAGACCUCGUUCGUUUUUGGUAGCGCCUGCUGGAGGCCUUGGGGUGAUCCGGGGAUGGACGCCUCAAAGAUGGUGGCUUCUUUUCGAUAUGAUGUGGCUUCUGUAUAAACAGUCUACAGAAGUAACUAAAAUGUUACCAGCAAUAUCUAAGGCUCACCCGAAAGUUGUGGCGGAACACAGAGGGUGGGUACUUUGGUUGCGUGUUUCAUUAAUGGUACCCAAGUAUACCACAUAAGCCAUGGUAUACCACAAACGUCAUCUCCGAAGGUUGCAGGUUCAGAUGACUUCUUUGCCAUGCAGCACUCGACUCAAAAUUAAUCUCAUUACGUUUUCUUUCUUUUUUAUUUCUUUUUUUACGUGCAAGCGGUGCUUACAGCGAUGAGUUAGAUGACGUUGGAUGAUCAUUGCAUAAACGCCCGCAAGUGUCGAGGGCCUACGAGCAUGAUGUAUCAUGCGACGCCGUUAGGCAGAUCUUUGGAGAGCGCACUCUUUACGGUUAUGUUUCCGUUAUUGGGCAUAAUGUUUAUACCAUGGCGUUUUACUUAGUUCCUUUUUUUGGGCCCAUUACUUUGCUGGGGUGAGCACCUCGAGCACACUAGCUGUUCAGUUACUUUAGAUGAAACUGGAGAUCCUCGAUUUAUAAUGAGGAAAUAAUUGCGUAAGGUUUUCUAUCCUAGGCUGCUCCUGUUGUGGGAGAAGACAAGAUGAAUACC